AUGAAGUCUCGCGCACUAUAUAACCGUUAUCUUUUAUUUCUCUUACCAUCUAUUUUCCUUAUAUUUUCUAUACGUUUUCUCAAAUUUCUAUCAUCAUCACAAAUUGAACUAUUAUCAAAAAAUUCUCUUAAUCAAUCAUCAUAUUCAUCUUUGUCAUCAAUAAAACCAAUAUUUGUAAGACCUAAACAUUCAAAAUGUCGACCAUUUAAUGUAUCUGAUACUCGACCAUUUUUUGAUCGUGAACCUCCUCAAUUAAAUCUACCUCGACGUAUAUCAAAUUCAAAACGUAAAAAUCUUCAUCAUCGACUUCGAUCACUUCGAUUAACUAUAGUUGUAUGUGCAAGUAAUGCUGAAAAAGUUGUCGAUAAAUGUCGAAACUAUAUUGAAUCAAUAAUUGAUUUAUUUCAUCCAUCAUCACAGAUUCUCAUCGGUGAAAGUGAUUCAAGAGAUAAUACAUUAAUAAAACUUCAUCAAUGGUCUCGUGCUCAAAUUUAUACAUAUGGGAAUUUAUCAAAAUCUAUUCCAAAACGUACAGAACGUAUUGCAUUUUGUCGAAAUGAAUUAUUAGAAAAAGCUCGUCAACUAAAAUCAGAUUAUAUGCUUGUUCUUGAUAUAGAUAUAAUCGGUAACAAUGUAAAUUCAUUUCUUUCUAAUUUUGAGUAUGAUACUAAUGAUUGGUCUGUUAUGACAGCUAAUGCAAUUGGACAAUAUUAUGAUAUUUGGGCAUUAAGAACUUUAUCAGAAACAAUACUUAAUUAUGAUGUGUGGCAUCGAAUAUGGUCAAUGAGAUCUACUGGUAGUUACUGUAAUGAUUCGUUACUAAAAAACAUACUUAAUAUUCAUCAAAAACCAUUUCCAAUUGAACGAGAUCUUUUAGAAGUUCGUUCAGCGUUUGGUGGUGCUGGAUUAUAUAAAAUGGAUUCAACUAAAAAUUGCUAUUAUUCUGGUGCACAUGGUAUAUGUGAACAUGUUCCAUUUCAUUUAUGUAUGCGAGAAAAAAUCAAGCAAGAAUAUUUAUUAAUCCAAAAUUUAGACACAGACGGUUACAAAAUAUCAAAUAACCUGUUUGUUUUUUUGUUUUGGUAUUAA